AUGUCUUCCUACGACGGUUCGCGCUCUGCGCGCCAAUCCAAGCGCUACUCCAUGUCGGCCCUGUACAUGUCCAUCUCGGCCAACGAAGGAGACCUUCAGAUUGAGGAUGACCUCGCUAAAGCGCAAAAAGCACUUCGUGAUCUCAAGUCCAAGAUCUCAUCUCAGUCUAAGAAGAACUUCGUUCUUGAGAAGGAUGUGCGAUAUCUUGAUUCGCGAAUUGCGCUACUUAUCCAGAACCGUAUGGCUUUGGAAGAGCAAAAUGAAGUCGCAAGCCAUCUCGAGGAUGCUCUUGAGAUGCAGCAAGGUGUCUUUCCCAACGACGACAAGACGCAAAAAUACGGCAACCUCUUGUUUCUUCUGCAAUCCGAGCCCAGGCACAUUGCCCACCUGUGUAGGCUGGUCUCGAUGGCGGAGAUCGAUUCGCUGCUGCAGACCGUCAUGUUUACCAUCUACGGAAACCAGUACGAAAGCCGUGAAGAGCAUCUCCUUCUCACUAUGUUUCAGUCUGUCUUGACAUACCAAUUCGACAACACACCCGACUAUUCCUCCCUCCUCCGCGCCAACACCCCUGUUUCCCGAAUGAUGACUACCUAUACUCGAAGAGGACCCGGUCAGAGUUUCCUCAAGUCCGUGCUUGCUGAUAGAAUCAAUGGCUUGAUCGAGCUGAGGGACCUGGACCUGGAAAUUAACCCGCUCAAGGUGUAUGAGCGCAUGAUUGAGCAGAUCGAGGAGGAUACCGGCCAGCUGCCCCCUCAUCUUCCCAAGGGAAUUACGGGCGAGCAAGCUGCCGAGAACCCUCAGGUCCAGGCUAUCAUCGAGCCCCGUCUGACGAUGCUGACCGAGAUUGCUAAUGGCUUCUUGACCACCAUCAUUGAGGGGCUUGAGGAGGCGCCAUACGGCAUUCGAUGGAUCUGCAAGCAGAUCAGGAGUUUGACCAAGCGCAAAUACCCAGAUGCUAACGACCAGGUUAUUUGCACUUUGAUCGGCGGAUUCUUCUUCCUGCGCUUCAUCAACCCAGCCAUCGUCACGCCGAAAUCGUACAUGCUCAUCGAUGGAACCCCGGCCGAGCGACCGCGACGAACCCUGACCUACAUCGCCAAGAUGCUCCAGAACCUCGCGAACAAGCCAUCCUACGCCAAGGAGCCGUACAUGGCCAAGCUUCAGCCUUUUAUCCAUCAGAACAAGGACAGAAUCAACAAGUUCAUGCUCGAUCUUUGCGAAGUCCAGGACUUUUACGAGAGCCUCGAGAUGGACAAUUACGUUGCGCUGUCCAAGAAGGACCUCGAGCUCGAGAUUACCCUCAACGAAGUGUACGCCAUGCACGGAUUGAUCGACAAGCACCACAACGAACUGUGCAAAGACGAAAGCUCGCAUCUCGCCAUCAUCAUGGCCGAGUUGGGAACAUCACCAGCCCAAGUGCCUCGCAAGGAGAACAGGGUCAUCAACCUCCCUCUGUUCAGCAGAUGGGAGACUGCCAUUGACGACCUGACAGCAGCCCUGGAUAUCACGCAGGAGGAAGUGUAUUUUAUGGAAGCCAAGUCCAUCUUUGUGCAGGUUAUGCGAUCGAUUCCUUCCACGAGCAGCGUGGCCCGUCGCCCGCUACGACUCGAGCGCAUCGCAGACGCCGCCGCAACAAGCCGCAACGAUGCUGUGAUGGUUCGAAAGGGUAUUCGAGCUAUGGAGCUGUUGUCUCAGCUUCAAGAACUGCGCGUCAUCGACAAGAGCGAUCAGUUUGGACUCCUUCGAGAUGAAGUUGAGCAGGAGCUUCAACACCUGGGCUCUCUCAAGGAGGGUGUGCUUACCGAGACGUCGAAGCUGCAGGAGGUGUACAAGACGAUCCGAGACCACAACGUCUACCUGAACGGACAGCUCGAGACCUACAAGAGCUACCUGCAUAAUGUGCGAUCGCAGAGUGAGGGCACAAAGAGAAAGCAGCAGAAGCAGCAGGUGCUUGGUCCUUACAAGUUCACCCAUCAGCAACUCGAGAAGGAGGGUGUCAUUCAGAAGAGCAAUGUUCCCGACAACAGACGGGCCAACAUCUACUUCAACUUUACAAGUCCCUUGCCGGGAACCUUUGUUAUUUCCUUGCAUUACAAGGGCCGCAACAGGGGUUUGCUCGAACUGGACCUCAAGCUGGAUGACCUGCUUGAGAUGCAAAAGGACAACCAGGACGAUCUGGAUCUUGAAUACGUCCAGUUCAAUGUGCCAAAGGUGCUGGCUCUGCUCAACAAGCGCUUCGCUCGAAAGAAGGGCUGGUAGACGAUCUAUGACAACACACACGACUCUCAGCCGAACAUCCAUCUCGACGCAUAUUGAUCCAUGUACUACGACCACAUCAAACGGAGGGGCUUGGCGUUAUGGACACUGAUACCACGGAAUAUUCUGUUCUCUUUACCUACUACUACUACCUUGAGUCAGUAAGCUGACUGGCUGGGAGGAUUGCUGCCAUUGUUUCUUUUGUGCUGUUUUCAUUUGUCAGUUUUUCUUCUCGACAUGAGCGUCUGUUUCAUGUGUUCUUUGUGAGUGAUUGAUGGGUGCGCUGGGGGUUUGUUUCUUUUAUAUACCGAACGCUUGCUUGCCUGCUUCCUUGCUUGUUUCUUGGACGGCGGUAUUCUGCUUCGGCUGGUCCGCAGUGGGAGUUUGUAUGCGGCGCCUUGAUUAUCUAUGUAUGCAUGCUGGUAGUUUGUCCACGGGGCGAACUGUUCCGUUGGGACACGAGGAGUCAUGGCUCAGACGGAGGCAUAGUUGGCACCUAGUCUGGAGCCAUGCUCAUAAUGAAGGAAGGAUUUCAAUGUCUGCGAUACUGUACAUGUCCCAGCUGUGCUAGCUUUG